AUGGCUGAUGCCAGUGCUGAUGCUGAUAUUCAAGACGCCGAGAUGGCAGCUGCAACUAACAAUCAGGAUCUAGUCGAAAUAACCUUCACACACCACGGCAAGCCUCACAUAAUCUCUCUCCCACGCGAUGCGACUCUCGUGGAUCUCUCGGAAUCCAUCGACUCGACCCUCUCAGUACCACCAUCCAACCAGAAACUCAUGAUCUCCAAACUAGGACUUUUGAAGCCUCCUUUCAAAGACCCCGCGAUGGCGAUUACCGCCCUUCUAGACAAGAAGAUAUCCCUUCUCGGCGCCACAGCUAAAGAAGCAACCGCAAUUUCCACUGCCCAGGAAGAGGCUUCUCGACGAGUCCAUCCGAGGGGUAGCAGACCUCUUCAAAAAGUAUCGGCCUAUAAGACUCGAAAUUGGAAGAAAGAGCAAGAAGAAAGCCAAUAUACAUUCCUAACAUUAAAGCCGCUAUCUUACCUUCCAAACCCUUCACGAUCGCUGGAGUUUCUUCAGAGGCUAAAGGACGACGCUGGUAUCAAGGCCACAAUGUUAAAACACAAGUUCACAGUACCUCUCUUGACGGAAAUGAACCCCAUCGAGCACACACAGUCAGACCACGAGGGCACAAGUCGAACACUGGGCCUGAAUCGAAACAGAGGAGAAGUCAUAGAGUUACGCUUACGAACUGAUGCUUACGACGGCUACCGAGACUAUAAAACAAUUCGGAAUACCCUCUGUCACGAACUGGCACAUAACGUUCAUGGUCCCCACGAUCGGAAUUUCUGGGAUCUGUGUAAGCAGAUUGAGAAGGAGGUUGCGGCAGCGGAUUGGAAGACCAGUGGUCAUACUCUUGCUCCAGAUGAGGAAUUUUAUGGUGGCAAUAGUGAGGAUUUCCAUGACCAUGGUGGUUGGUCGGGUGGCGAGUUUGUACUUGGGGCUGGGAAAACUACGGAUUCGAGUUCUACACAGUCGCAAGGUCUAAGGCGGAGGGAAAUAUUGGCGAAGGCCGCCGAGGAACGAUCUAAGAAGAUGAGAGAACAGCAACAGGGUGGCGAGGGCUCGGGGAAUGGGUCCGGAUGA